AGGAAAGUACAUAUGUUACACCUAUAUAAGACGACAAAAAAAAAAAAAGUACCGAAAGAAAAAAUCAAUUCUGGUCAAACUAUUGUCCUCUUGUACAAGUUGUCACUCGGAGAGCAAUGGGGGUGCACGGGCUGUGGAAGCUGCUCGAGAGCACCGGGAAGCCCAUCAACCCCGAGACUCUCGAGGGCAAGAUCCUGGCUGUCGACAUCAGUAUCUGGUUGAACCAGGCAGUGAAGGGGGUGAGAGACAGGGAGGGUAACAGUGUCCAGAACGCCCACCUCCUCACCCUGUUCCAUCGCCUCUGUAAACUACUCUUCUUCCGCAUCAGACCCGUCUUUGUGUUCGAUGGAGACGCACCUCUGAUCAAGAAACAGACCCUGGCCAUCAGAAGACAGAGGAAGGAGGAGAAGACUAUGGAGUCCAAACAGACCAAUGACAAACUCCUCAAGACCUUCCUGAAGAGACAAGCCAUCAAAGCUGCUCUGGGAGAGGAGAGUCACGAUCAUCUGCCCAGCCUGUCUGGUGUGAGGAGAGAGGAGGACAUGUACAUGCUGCCUGCCCUGCCAGCCCUGGAGGAGAGAGAGAGGGGCAGCUCAGAGGAGGAGCAGGAGGAGGAAGAGGACAGCCGUCACAUCUACCAGGGUGAUUUCUAUGAAGACUCUAACUCUGUGGACAUCAACUCUGAGGAGUUUUCUGCCAUGCCUCCUGAGGUGAAACAUGAGAUCCUUAAAGACAUGAAGGAAUUCAGCAAGAGACGACGCACCAUGUACCACACACCUCCUGAGCGGUCAGGUGACUUCUCCCAGUACCAGCUAGCAGGGCUGCUGCAGAGGAACGAGCUGAACGCGCGUCUGGUGGGCGUGGAGAGAGAGAUGUCCAACCGCAGUGCAGGGAACGCCCCGGGGGUGGAGCUAUACAACCAGGGGGAGGGACACAGCGUGGAGACACGACGCCUCCUCUCAGAAGACUCCACCCACUACAUCCUCAUCAAAGGUCCAAAGAAGACAGACAACAGUGAGAGGGUUCCAGACAUCCAGCCUGCGGCCUCUCCCUGGUUGGGUGGUCCGCUGUCAGGGAGGGUUAGGGCGGGGGGAGGGGAGAGACCUGAGCCCCUUUGGAGACCCAUCUCAGAGGAGGAGAGCCUGGAGGAGGGACCCUCGUCAUCGUCUAAACACCCCCAGGGCUCUAACCCGAGCCUGGGGGAUGCAGCACCCCCUUCCCCCCGGACACUGAAGGCCAUCCAGGCUGCAAUGGAUGCCAGCUUCUCAGACGAAGAGGAGGGUAGCUCCUGGGGUAGGGGCUCCUGGGGUAGGGGUGGGAGUAGGGCUGGGGAGGAGGGUAGUGGCAGUGUGUCCCCUCGUACCAUCCUGGCCAUUCAGCGAGCUAUGGGAGAAGACUUGGAUGUAGGCACGCCCCCAAACACCACCCUGAUUGGCAAUUCUCCCGUUAAGCCCCACCCUCCCAGUCCCCAGCGUCCUGCGAACCGAUUGGUCGUCACCAGCAGCUCAGAGGAGGAGACUGAAGGGAAGGACACGCCUCUGAGGACAACUCUGACCAAUGAGGACAGGCUUGGGGUGGAGAAGGGGGAUGAGCAACAGUCGCCUCUCCCCCUAGCCUCCCAUUCCUCCUGCAGACAGGGAGGACAGUUUGGGUCAGGCUCUCAGUGUUAUCCCCCAUCAGGCCCAGGUCUAAACAGAGAGAAGGAGAGGGAGAGGAGUAGCCUGGUGACUGGGCCUUUACCUCCAUCACAGCAGGAGAGGGAGAGGAGUAGCCUGGAGACUGGGCCUUUACCUCCAUCACAGCAGGAGAGGGAGAGGAGUAGCCUGGAGACUGGGCCUUUACCUCCAUCACAGCAGGAGAGGGGGAGGAGUAGCCUGGAGACUGGGCCUUUACCUCAAUCACAGCAGGAGAGGGAGAGGAGUAGCCUGGUGACUGGGCCUUUACCUCCAUCACAGCAGGAGAGGAAUGGACACGACACCAACACCAGGGAGGAGAGAAAUGGAGAGAUUGUGAAGAUGGAGGACAGUGAGGAGGAGAGCGAUUCAGAGAGCUUCGUUGACGUGUCCGAGGGGGAGGAGCUAAAGGAGGAGGAGACGGACGAUUCACUGAUAGAGGUGGGGGGCGGUGCUCCACCUAAGGCACAGGAAGACGUGACCAAGAAGGAGGAAGAGGAAGAAGAGGAGGAAGCUUUAAGUAGCAGAGCUGUCCCUUUGGAAGAGAGGGAUGAUGAUGAUGAGGAGGAGGAGGAAGCUCUCCAGCGUCCCACAGAGCCCAGCCCAGCUUCUGUUCCUGUACCCAACGAGUGGGAAGACAUCAACGUGGAUGAGCUGGUGGCGCUAGAGAGCCGUCUAGGAGAGCAGCAGUCCAGUCUGAGAGAACAGAAGCAGCAGCAGGAACGUGUGGCCGCCACGGUUACCGGACAGAUGUGUCUGGAGAGCCAGGAGCUGCUGAGGUUGUUCGGCGUGCCCUUCCUGGUGGCUCCCAGUGAGGCGGAGGCCCAGUGUGCUGCCCUGGACCGGACCGACCAGACCCACGGAACAAUCACUGAUGACAGCGACGUAUGGCUGUUCGGAGGACGACACGUCUACAAGAACUUCUUCAGCCAGAACACAUAUGUAGAACACUACCAGUACAUAGACCUACAGAACCAACUGGGUGUGGACCGUACCAAGCUGAUUAACCUGGCCUACCUGCUGGGUAGUGACUACACGGAGGGGAUCCCGGGGGUGGGAUACGUGACGGGCAUGGAGAUACUCAACGAGUUCCCUGGACCUGGCAUGGAACCAGUCAGCAUGUUCAGCGAGUGGUGGUCCUUGGCCCAGCAGCAACGUCUGACCUCUGACCCCCGUGACUCCAAGGUCAAGAGGAAGCUGAGAGGGCUCCAGCUGCAGCCAGGCUUCCCCAACCCUGCCGUGGCAACUGCCUACCUGCAGCCCAGUGUCGACCUAUCAGAAGGCUCCUUUAGCUGGGGCCGCCCACACCUCGACCUCAUCAAGGAGUUCUGUCAGAGUCGUUUUGGUUGGAACAGCAGGAAGACAGAAGAGACUCUACAGCCUGUUAUCACACAGCUCAACACACAACAGACCCAGCUGCGUAUCGACUCGUUCUUCCGUCUGGAGCAGCAGGAGAGACAGGCCAUCAAGAGCCAGCGCCUCCGCCGGGCCGUCACCUGUAUGAAGAGGAAGGAGAGGGAGGAGGAAGGAGAGGGGGUCUGCUCCCCGUCCAAGGCUAAGAGAGGGAAGGGGUCAGGGCCCAAGCAGAGGGAGGGAGGGGUGGAGGAGGGGACAGGGGGGUUCCUGGGGGCAGAGGUCAGUAAACCUGCUCCAGAGGAUGUGGGAAGAGCCAGCCAUGAUAUGGGAGGGGCCAGCCAGCAGAGGAAGGAAGUGCCUCCUCCUAAUAAGGGUGUCCCUGAACCUAAACUCCUCCCGAGGAGGGCGGAGCAGAACGGCAGCGGCAGUUCCGGGGAUGACAGUGAUGGUGGCGGCGGGGUCACCAUGGUAACGGCCCAGUCAGUGUUUGGGGUUCAACCAAGG